AGAGGGCGGGUCGGGGCCGGGAGAUACGUUGACUCAGUUCUUCGCCGGCUUCCUCUCCCCAGUUUCGAGGACUGGGAGCCCCCCAGCCAGCGGGGACUGAGUUCUCGGGUUCGACUCCGCGUUUUCACUUUGUGUCAGACACUGUCGGGGCCGAAAAAGAGGUUUGGAUGGAGGCAGUCGUCCCGGCCCCGGUGCCGCCGGGGGAACCCCGGAACCCCAUCGAGGAGGCAGGUGCAAAGUAAGAAAAUUGAACUUAAAAGACCAUGGGAGAUGCUGCAAAACCUUAUUUUGUGAAGCGUGCUAAAGACCGAGGGAUUAUAGAUGAGGAGGAUUUCAGAAGGGGUCAUCUCCAACAAGAUUAUUUAAUAAUGGAUGAUUAUGCUAAAGGUCAUAGCAGUAAAGUGGAAAAAGGCCUUCCCAGAAAGAAAAUAACACCAGGAAACUAUGGGAAUACCCCCAGAAAAGGACCAUUUGCUGUUUCCAGCAAUCCAUAUGCAUUUAAAAACCCAAUUUACAGUCAACCAGCUUGGAUAAAUGAUAACCACAAAGAUCAGAGCAAGAGAUGGCUACCUGAUGAGCUUCCUGGUAAUUCAGACAGUUGGAGAGAGUUCAAACCUGGACCUAGAAUUCCUUUUUUAAACCGACCAAGAAGAGACCCUGUUCAAGAAAAUGAAGAUGGUUAUAGGUGGCAAGAGGGAAGAGGCUGCAGAACUAUGAGACGGCUGUUUCAUAAAGAUCUAACAAGCCUAGAAGCCACAUCAGAGAUGGAAGCUGGAAGCCCUGAAAACAAGAAGCAGAGGUCCAGACCUAGGAAGACACGAAGGACUAAAAAUGAGGAAAGUGAACAGGAGGGAGACUUGGAAGGCCCUGUGAUCGAUGAAUCUGUGCUUUCAACCAAGGAGCUACUGGGCUUACAACAGGCUGAAGAGCGAUUGAAAAGAGAUUGCAUUGACCGGCUAAAAAGGCGACCGCGAAACUACCCUACAGCAAAGUACACCUGCAGACUUUGUGAUGUUUUAAUUGAAUCCAUUGCAUUUGCCCAUAAGCACAUCAAAGAGAAGAGGCACAAGAAAAACAUUAAGGAGAAGCAGGAGGAAGAGUUGCUCACAACACUACCCCCGCCGUCACCCUCCCAGAUAAAUGCAAUUGGUGUUGCCAUUGACAAAGUGGUACAAGAAUUUGGCUUACACUGUGAGAACUUGGAACAGAGACUAGAAAUUAAACAUGUGAUGGAAAAUGUGUUCCAACACAAGUUACCAGAUUGUUCUCUGAGAUUAUAUGGCUCAUCAUGUAGCAGAUUGGGUUUCAAAAAUUCAGAUGUAAACAUUGACGUUCAAUUUCCAGCCAUUAUGUGUCAGCCAGAUGUUCUCUUACUUGUUCAAGAAUGCUUAAAGAGCAGUGAUUCCUUUAUUGAUGUUGAUGCAGAUUUCCAUGCUAGGGUGCCAGUGGUCGUGUGCAGAGAAAAACAAAGUGGUCUGCUUUGUAAAGUGAGUGCAGGAAAUGAAAAUGCUUGUCUGACAACAAAUCAUUUAACUGCCCUUGGAAAGCUAGAGUCAAAACUGGUUCCUUUGGUGAUUGCAUUUAGGUACUGGGCCAAGCUUUGCAGUAUAGAUCGCCCUGAAGAAGGAGGUUUGCCACCUUAUGUGUUUGCCCUGAUGGCCAUUUUCUUUCUUCAGCAGAGGAAAGACCCCCUUCUGCCUGUUUAUCUAGGAUCAUGGAUUGAAGGAUUCUCAUUAAAUAAGCUGGGGAGCUUCACUCUUAAAGACAUUCAGAAAGAUGCUGUGGUCUGGGAAUACUCUGAUAAUGCUACAGGAAAUGCAGACAAAGCAAAAGAAGAGGCACCUAAAGAAACAGCCACCAAAAGGGGACAGGUAUCCUUAAUAUUUGACUUAAAACACCAGCCUUCAGUACCAAUUGGGCAGCUCUGGGUGGAAUUGCUUCGAUUCUAUGCUUUAGAAUUUAAUUUGGCUGAUUUAGUGAUAAGUAUCCGUGUCAAAGAAUCAGUAUCUCGUGAAUCAAAGGAUUGGCCCAAAAAGCGCAUUGCCAUUGAAGAUCCAUACUCUGUUAAAAGAAAUGUGGCAAGGACCCUAAAUAGUCAACCUGUGUUUGAAUAUAUACUUCAUUGUUUAAGGACAACAUAUAAAUAUUUUGCUCUGCCACACAAAAUGACAAAAUCCAAUGUUCCAAAGCCUCCAAGUACUGUUACGUGUAUUAGCAAACAUUCUAAAGAAGUAACCGAGCAUGAUCCAGAUGUACAAGCCAAGGAUGAUAAAUUCAAAGCCUCAGUUUUGGCUCAAGAUUCUGGUUCCACGGCAAACACUGCCUGCAAGGGACAGUUGCUUACUUCUAAAGAGACUGCUGAAAGCUUUGGAAACCCACUAGUGGAGGAUGUGGGAAAUACACACGACAGUGUUCACUUGGAAAACUCAGACUGUCUAAUGACAGAGGAUAGUUGUGAUGUUAAAGUACACCAUCAAGACAUAAGUGAAAAUGAGAAGCAGAAAAUUGAAAGGGAGGACAUGCAUCCUUCGACUGCUGGUGACCAAGGUUUAAGUAAUAGCAAGCAUGGAGAGCAUGUCUCCUGUGGUAAUGCACAAGGUAAUGAGACAGACAGCACUUUGGGCAUUGAUGGCUUCCAAAAUCCUACAGCUAAAGAGCAUGAUGGAUUUGCUACUUUACAUGGGAAAACUGAUGCUGAUGAUAACAUAGAAAGGACUAAUGAACUUGAAGAUGCUGUAAGCCACUUUCCCCCUUCAAGACAUGGCUACACAUCAGAAAUCAUUCACUCUGAUGAAGAGGAGGAGGAGGAAGAAGAUGAAGAACUCAUGUUCUCUGCUACCCAUAGGGAACAUGACGACAACAUUGCUGAUGAAGAUGAAUUAGACAACACUUACACCAGGUCAGGGGAAGAGGAUGCCCUGUCUGAGGAGGAUGGUGAUUUAGGCCAGUCUGCUAAGUGCAAAGACUUGGAAGAAUGUGGAAAACAUGUGGAUGAAGCAUUACUAAUGGAACUUAACAAAAUUAAUCUUCAAGAAGGAAAUGUAUGUGAGGAAAACUCAACUGUGGAUCAGUCUGGUUUCCUCUAUGAGUUUAGUAAACUCACCUUCACCAAAGGCAAGUCUCCUACAAUAGUAUGCAGUUUAUGCAAACGAGAGGGUCACCUAAAGAAGGACUGUCCUGAAGACUUCAAAAGAAUUCAGCUGGAACCUCUGCCACCGUUAACACCCAAAUUUUCAUACAUUUUAGAUCAAGUUUGCAUCCAAUGCUAUAAGGAGUUUGCGCCAACGAUUUUAGAAGAUCAGGCUCGUGAACAUAUUCGACAAAACCUGGAAAGUUUCAUAAGACAGGAGUUUCCAGGAACUAAAUUAAGCUUAUUUGGCUCCUCCAAAAAUGGAUUUGGUUUCAAGCAGAGUGACCUCGAUGUUUGUAUGACAAUUAACGGACAUGAAACUGCUGAGGGUUUGGACUGUGUAAAAACUAUUGAAGAGUUAGCAAGAGUCCUCAGAAAACAUUCAGGUCUGAGAAACAUCUUGCCUAUAACAACAGCAAAGGUGCCAAUUGUAAAGUUUUUCCAUUUGAGAAGUGGUCUGGAAGUGGACAUCAGUUUGUAUAACACACUGGCUCUGCAUAAUACAAGGCUCUUAUCUGCUUAUUCUGCCAUUGACCUCAGAGUGAAAUAUUUGUGCUAUACCAUGAAAGUAUUUACAAAGAUGUGCGAUAUUGGUGAUGCAUCUAGAGGCAGCUUAUCAUCAUAUGCAUACACACUUAUGGUGCUGUAUUUUCUCCAACAGAGGAAUCCGCCAGUCAUUCCUGUCCUUCAAGAGAUAUAUAAAGGUGAAAAGAAACCUGAAAUAUUUGUUGAUGGCUGGAAUAUUUAUUUUUUCGAUCAAAUAAAGGAACUGCCUACCUAUUGGCCAGAAUAUGGAAAAAACACAGAGUCUGUUGGGCAACUAUGGUUGGGACUUCUUCGUUUCUACACAGAAGAAUUUGAUUUUAAAGAAUAUGUCAUUAGCAUCAGGAGAAAAAGUCUACUUACAACUUUCAAGAAACAGUGGACCUCAAAAUAUAUUGUUAUUGAAGAUCCCUUCGAUUUGAAUCAUAAUCUUGGAGCUGGAUUAUCAAGGAAAAUGACAAAUUUUAUAAUGAAAGCAUUUAUUAAUGGCAGAAGAGUAUUUGGUAUUCCAGUCAAAGGACUUCCAAAGGACUACUCAAAAAUAGAGUACUUUUUUGAUCCAGAUGUGCUGACUGAAGGAGAGCUGGCCCCAAAUGAUAGAUGUUGCCGAAUCUGUGGGAAAAUUGGACAUUUCAUGAAGGAUUGUCCUAUGAGGAGAAAAGUGAGGCGACGGCGAGAUCAGGAAGAUACCCUGAACCAAAGAUACCCCGAGAACAAAGAUAAAAGGAGCAAAGAAGACAAAGAAAUGCAAAAUAAGUACACAGAGAGGGAGGUAUCAGCAAGAGAAGAUAAGCCCAUACAGUGCACCCCACAGAAAGCCAAGCCAGUGAGGGCAACUGUUGACCUCGGGAGGGAGAGAAUUCUCAGACCACCAGUGGAAAAAUGGAAGAGGCAGGACGACAGAGACUUAAGAGAAAAACGUUGUUUUAUUUGUGGAAGAGAAGGGCACAUUAAAAAAGAAUGCCCACAGUUUAAAGGCUCUCCAGGUAUGUCUAAAUCAGGUUGUGUAUUUGGAUCCCCAUCUUCACCCUUGAGACCAACUGGCCCAUUUCCUCAGGCAGUGCUUUUACAUGAAGAAAAAAAGAAACAAAAAACAACCAUAUUUUUGAGUCCCCAGUCAGGUAGCCUUUCCAGUAAAUAUAUGACUCAGGGAAAAGCCUCAACGAAGAGGACCCAGCAGGAAUCAUGAGGGAAGGAAAAUGGCAGCACUCUAAAUGGCCACUCAGUCAUUCCUUUUCACUUUGAAAAUUAGGUUCAUUUCAUAGGACACAGCAGCAUAGAUCAGGCUUCAAGUUCAAUUUAAGGGAAGAUUUUUUAUCUUAAUGAAAUUGUUAAUGAGGGAAAAAAAUUAAUAUAGUCUUACCUACCAGAAAUCCCUGUUGAUUUAAAACCAUGAGGUAUGUAUGUAAGACGGGUUUUUUAAAAAUGAAACUAUGGGCCAGUAUUCAGUGAAUACAAUUUCAUGGUUUUUUAAUGCUUUCAAAGCACACUAAAAAUGGUGUGCUAAUAAACCCUAAGUAAAUCAACCCAUUUUUCCCUAUAAAUCCCUAUUUUGUUCCAAAGAGGGAAAUUAUAUUUAUUAUUGUUUACCGAACCCUUGUAUGACAACAUAUCAAAUAUGUGACCAAUACUACUGUUAUUUACAAUUUACAAACUUCGUUUUGUCAAUAUUUGUAGAAGUGAUAAUAUGAACAUGAGUACCUGUUUAUGCCCGCCUUCUCUGAGUUAACAGUGCCACAGAGGGGCUGUUGGUUUUUUCCCUCUCUAAUUUUAAUUAAAUUGACUUACAAGUACUAUGUUCAUAAAAAUGAUAUAAAAGGAAAACAAGUAGUCCUGUUUGCUGCUAAAAUACUUUCAAAGGAAAAAUGACAAAAGUGCUUUUUACUCUUUACAAUACUCAGAAGUUAGGGUGGAGAACUUUUAAAAAUCCCUGAACAGGUGAUCUCAGCCAAUCACAGGUUUUGGUUGGAGUCAUUUCCGGUCUGACUGGAGCCCUUAUGGAAUUAUUUCUAUAACUUUACAAGCCCUUCAGAAGUAGUACAGGAUCAGAACUAUGCCUCAAUUUAUCAUUUGAAAUAAAAUCAAAAUUACAACCUGUAA